AAAUGUCGACGAAAGUAAAGGAAGACAUCAAGAUCACAGUGUUUUUCUCGAAUCAUAUGAUUGUAGUGUAUAUUUGAUUGGAUUUUUAUUUAUUUAAACAAUUAAGAUGCCUCAAACUAAUCCAAAACCUCGUCAAAAGUUGAUCUACCAGCACCAAGAUUCAUCCUUCAGUCUAUCAUCAUCAAUAGAUGACGAUACCAAUCGACUGAUGGAUUUUGAAGAAAGAUCUCCAAUGAUUCCAACAAAAUUGAUGAAGAAAAGAUAUAUCUUAGAAGAACAUGAUGAAAAUAUCAAUCAUAUGCAGCAGAAUUCCUGGUUGCUGAUCUUGAAGAAAUUGGGCGUCCUUAUGGACAUUUUGUCGAGGAUGCCUUUGCCGCCUGCCAACGUUGGAGGAAUUGCAGUCGCAACAUUGAUGCUGACGCUUUUUGGACCAAAAACUUUAGUCCAGACUCUGAUCUAUCCUGCAUACAGGCAUUGUAUAGGAGGUCUAUAUCCUGCUUACGCCUCCUACAAAGCAGUCAGGAGCAAAAAUGUACGGGAAUAUGUAAAAUGGAUGAUGUACUGGAUAGUUUUGGCAACCUUCAGUGCCAUAGAACAAAUGGCAGAUCUCUGUCUGACCUGGUUGCCAUUUUAUUAUGAAGUCAAGAUUUUGUUGAUUUUGUGGCUACUCUCUCCGGCCACUAAAGGAAGUUCUAUGCUAUAUAAGAAGUUUUUGCAUCCUGCUUUGGCGAGACGAGAACAGGAGAUCGAUGAAGCUUUAUCAGUAGCUCGUGACAAGGGCUACAGAGCAGUCUUACAACUUGGUUCAAAAGCUACAAAUGCUCUUUUGAAUACAGCCAUCAAGAGUAGCGGAAACUUGAUGCACCAAUUGAGAAAAACCCAUAGUCUGAGUGACAUUCCAGAGGCUCCUAGUCUGCGAAGUGGUUCAGAUGAAGACUAUAUUGAUGAAACUGAGGAAUGGUCUGAUGCCAAACGAGCAAAUAUCUCGUCUUCCAUACUGAGAAGAAAAAGCGAUAUUUCAAGACAAAGACCGUUGAGUUAUUCUGAGGACAACUAUAGCAGAGAGAAGACAACUCCAAAAAUUAGUCGCAAAGCAUCAGAAGAAAGUUCAGGAUAUUCCAGUUCUGCUAGUACGGAACCCAGGACAUAUCCAAAACGCGGCAACAAUGACCUGACUGCCAAUUCGAUAAUACCCGAGGAUCUGGAAUAUUACGAAGACCAAGACAAGGUCCCGUACCAGCCUUCCUCUGGUAAUAAAAUUGAUUGCAAAUCUUAUUUUUACAAAAAUGUUACUAUAACAGAUGUGACGAACUUGGAGGAUGUUUUGGAAAUUGAUGAGAUAUGUCCAGAUGUUAAAAAUAACAAGAUGUUUGAUAAAGUUGAGUGUGAUUUAGACGCAGUGGAGUUGCAAAAUAGUUGCGAGACAUCGAGAGAUCAAGAAAAAGUUGAGGUUAAAGAAAUGCCAGCAGGUGAACAGGAUGUUUUGAAUACUGGUAAAACUUUUAGUUCAAAACCACCAAUAUCAGAUCCAAAUUGGUCAAAAUUUAAACCAACAAAGACAACAACCAAAGAAAUUGAUAUCAAAUCUAGUGGAAGCAUAUAUAAACUUUCCACAGACACCAAAAACGAUUCUGACGAUUCCGUUGACGUAAUUAUAAAUUUAGAUUCUGAUGAAGAAACGUAUUAUGAUACAUCGGAGAUAGAAGAUUCUUACAAUGCUGAAAAUGUAGUUUCUGGUAAUAUUUCUAUAAAAAUUUCAGUUGAUGAGAAAUCCAAUUUGCCAAGCACUUCGAAUGAAAACAAUAAGGUAAAUAAGGAAUCAGUAAAUAAGAAAGUGCAUGUCAUUGGUAAGAAAAAAGCUCCUGAACCACCAAAUAAAGAAAAACUUCUGCGAAAGAUCAAAAAUCUUGAUGAUGUUAAAUCUAGUCAAACCAAAAACCAAGAUUUUGGAGAAUCUUCUAAAACUUCAACAAGUUCUAUAAAAAACACAGAAAUUAGGAAUAAAAGUCCAUCACCUUUUCCAGAAGAAAAACAGAAGAAACAAUCUGGAUUAUCUAAACUCAAAGGCAAAUUAACAUCAUUUUUAGGAACACCCAAGGAUAACAAAGACAAUGUAUCAAACUCUGGAUCAUCCCAAACGAGUUUAAGGAGCCAAGAUGAUGAUAAAAUAGUGAAAAUUACAGACUCUGACGCCAAAUCCACAACAUCCAGUGUAUUUGAAACAGAUGUCUGA